AGAGAGAGGGAGCUAGCUGUAGUGACUGCCCGCUGCGCUCUCCCGCAAGUUGUAGACAGCAGUGCAAGCAGCGGAUAGAGAGAGAGAGAGAGAGAGAGAGAGAGAGAGCGAAGUCGCUCGCGCGCGUUAAACGACGUUCCGCGAGCACACAACUCGCAGGCUGGUCCAGGUCAGGCCUCGACGUCGUUGUCAGCUGUGCAGUCGUCUGCUUACUCCGUGGACAAACAGCGCAUCUCUGCCGUGCAGGAGCAGCUGCGAGUGGAGCGAAAGUGCGAGCGAUGAGGCGCACGUGAGCAGUACGCACACGGCAGAGCCCGUGUCACAAGCCGCCGAGUGUGCCCCUUUGUUGUGUUUUUCCCGAGAGCGCGCGCGCGCGACUGCUUUCAAUAAGUGUCAGAUCUCGAGUCGUAGUCCACGAGGCAUCCGACUGCAGAGUAGCGAGAGGGAAACGCUGGCCAGGCCAGUAAUCGUCGAGGUGGAUAGCGAGGAUGAACGGGAGCGCGCCGAUGCUGCGCGGUCCGGAACAGCAUCCUGGCAGAUUUGCCGACUACUUCGUCAUCUGCGGCCUCGACAAGGACUCCGGACUCGAGCCCGACAAGUACUUCGGUGAUUCUCUACAAUGCACCCCGCUGGAUCGCGCCUACAAGAGCAAGGUCCUCGGCCACUACCCGGAGUCCGUGCCAUGGAAUCCCUUCGACCAGCACGCGGUUUGCAUGCUAUGCUUGCCGAGCGGACUGCGUUUCCGCACUCAGAAGCACUCGGUCGAGCCGAGCUUCCACUCGUUCGUCCUUACGAAAGAGGACGGCCACCGGACCUACGGCUUCACUCUGCUCUUCUACGAGGAGUGCCGCAACCGCAAGAUCUGCGCCGCCAUGCAGACCCUCCAGGCCAUGUUCAUAACCGAGCUGAGCAGCGGCCAAAACGGCACACCUCCGCAAGCGAGAAAGGGGCAAGCGCAGGACGUUCACAAUACGAGGUCGCUCCCUAGGCACUUCAAGAUAUCUGCGCACUCGCCCGCGGCUGCAUUAGCCUAUUACGACUCGACCAAAGACAAACUCUUAGUUACCAAAUCGAUAUCUCUCAUUUGUCAGCAACCGUAUCUCUACGCUGCCAAGAUGUUCCUAACGAAUCUUUACAAAUGCGUUCCUAGACACCCCGGUCCCGGCUUCAGUCUCGAAUCGUACGUUUACAACUUGCUGUACAACGUACCGACACCAUUGCCCGGCAAGUCGCUCAAGUUCUACGUGCCGAACGACGAACCAGCCAAGUCACCCCUCGAACUAGUGAUUCACCAGCCGCUGCUAAUCCAGGAGCUGCCGCUUCUCGACUACUCGCUCAAGGACAUGUUCACCUGGCUCGGCAUUGACACCGUCAUCCAGCUCUUCACCUGCGUCCUCCUAGAGAACCAAGUGCUCAUCCGCAGCGCCGACUUCCACAAGCUCAUGGUCGUGUCCGAGUGUAUCACUGCCCUGCUCUUCCCCUUCUCCUGGCAGCACGUGUACGUGCCCAUACUACCCGCGAGUCUCUAUCACUUUCUCGAUGCACCUGUGCCCUUCAUCAUGGGCAUUCACGCCCAGAACGACACAGGACUUUUGAAGAUCGCCAGUGAAGCUAACCUGUGUUAUGUAGAUAUCGAUAAGCAAACCAGCCAGUUUCCCGAAGAACUGCCCGUGUUCCCUCAUAAGAUGAGCUUCAUCGACGAAAUUAGAACGUAUUUGAACAAGUACGAAGUUCCAUACUUGGAAAAGACUGACAAUAUAUUCGCAAAUUACCUGAACGGCGACAUCAUGACAAGCAGUCUGACCCUUCCUGGUUCCGGCUUUUAUUAUCCAAAGAGAAAGCACUCGUUGCAUGACGUGCUCGACUGGGACAGACCUGAGGCGGCUCCGCAGUCCGAUGCGAUUCAGAGGAUCCUCGAUGCCGUCAAAAGAACGGCAGUUGACGUUGACGAAUGCGACUCGGUCGAGAAUCCGCCAAAGAACAAAAUACUCGCCGCUCAGGAAGAGUACCAAGAAACAUUGAUAUUUAAUAAUGCGCUGAGAGAAAUUUUUAUGAACCGUUUCGUCCAGCUGUUUUCCAGUUAUGAACAUUUUGUUAUUCAACCUAAUCAGGACAAAGACGAGUGGCUGAGCAACCGUGACAGCAUGCAUUUGUUCGACAAGGCUACCUUCUUGUCCGAACAGCCAGCUCACCACCUGCCCUUUUUAUCGAGGUUCACGGAAACCCAAAUGUUUGCAUCCCUUGUAGAUAGUAAAGUUAUGUCGAUGUGGAACGAGCUUGACUCCAAUAUCAAGUUAUUUGAUAAAAGGAUCGCGCAAUUAAAGAAACGAGUCGGUGAGGGUAUAGUAAGAUCAACCCGAUAUGAAGUUUGCACAACUGUGCCCGAAACACAAGCUGCACUAGAGCAAAGGUUAAACAACAUCGACUUCGAAGUUAACCCACCAACGGAAGUCAUACCUCAUCGAGCAGCUUAUUUCCGCAGUUUUCCCUUGCUGGAUAACGUUGCUUUGAACAAAGAACCCACGCAAAGUAUGCUUCGCAGCCGAAGAGGUCAGACGCAGUGGAAGUACAAAAUGAAGUCUCUGGAAUCCAAUGGGAAGCCACCGAUAGCUCAAGAGACGCAGUCGCCUCGGCCGCAGACGAAACUGUCGGCUGACAUGAGUCCUGCUCUCAUCGCACAAGCCAAUUGGACGUUCGUCGAAACGUUACUCAAAGACUGUAAAGCCAAAACGAAACGAAUGUUGGUGGAAAAAAUGGGUUCGGAAGCUGUUGCCUUAGGUCAUGGGGGAGAGUCGCUGUCUGACGUCGAAGAAAAUACUUUAGUUGCCAGCCUGUGUGAUUUGCUAGAGAGGGUUUGGAGUCAUGGAUUGCAGAACAAGCAAGGAAAAAGUGGGCUUUGGUCGCAUCUUGUCAUGUACCAACAAUUGGAGGAAUGUAACGACAGCGCCAAAUCCAUUGAUGCCAAUUAUUUGUCACCAGCUAAGAAACCGUCCAAUAAGUUUAUUCGGUUGUCGGAUCGUUUGGUUUCCUCGUUUAAAGGCAAAAAUAUUUAUGAAAUAGCUUCUUAUUUCAAGGAAAAUAUCAGUGACCUAUCGAACCUCGCCCUGGAAACGGACGUUUCUCCGACCCGAAGCUCGGAUCCGCACCAACGUCACAAGUCGCCGGCUGGUACCGUUGAACGUCGUUCGAUUGGACCUGAGCAGCUUAGGCCCCUUCCCGACUCGCUGCUUUUUGACAUCAGAAACGUCCAGGCUAUGACCGAUAUAAAAACUCACAUCGGAUAUGCACGCGCCUGGGUCAGGCUCGCACUGGAAAAGAAGCUGCUAUCUCGGCAUCUCAAGACUCUGCUCUCCAACACGGCUUUGCUGAGGAGUCAGUACAAGAGAUCAGCUUUCCUGCGCUGCGAAGAGGAGAAGGAACAGUUUCUAUACCAUCUGCUGACGCUCAACGCCGUGGAUUACUUUUGCUUCACAAACAAUUAUCCAAUGACGAAAUUGCCCUACCGAGUAAUUAUAUUUCCCAGCAGGAAGGCUAGCGCUGCUACGACUUCGGCGAACGGUUGGGUAGCUAUUUCUGGAUCGCUAUGUGAAACCAAUCCAGUGAACAUACCGAAGGGAGCGCUAGAAUUCGUUUUCCAUCACAAAAAUCUGGGCGUCUUGUCGACUUUGCGCAUUGGCCAUGACAAUACCGGUCCCUCGCCCAAGUGGAUGGUGGAACACGUAGUAGUGCGGAACGAGGUGACUGGGCAUACUUUCAAAUUUCCCUGCGGUAGAUGGCUUGGCAGAGGUAUCGACGACGGCUCUACAGAGCGACUGCUAGUGGGUGCAUUAGUGCCCAAAAGCAUCGAUAGCGACGAACUCGUUGAGACGUGUUCGACGCCGCCCAGGUGCAGGUCACCAAGCAUACCCAGGCGACCGACUCUGUCUCAUAAUGAACUGCAACAGAUGCUUGUUGAAGCAGUAAAUGCAAUAGUAAAGUACCAUUAUCGAAAAGAUCCCCAAGAUGGAUCUCUUACUGCACUGUUGUGCGGAGAAGGUGGACUCGUACCGUCUCUCGAACAAAUCUUUUUAUAUGGAUUCAAAAAUCAAAGGAUAUUUGGCAGGAAUUUCUACGUGUGGGAUUAUUUAAUACGAGUCAAGGAAAACUUUGAAAUGACUUUGUUGGAGGAGAUGGAUGAAUACUCUCAACGGCUCAAUAGAGAUAAAAGAUUACACGCUGAAAGAAACCAAAAGUUUGCGGUUCUAAGGUGUUAUUCUCAUUUACUUGAUCAGAUUAAUACUUUCAGCCAAACCCUUGGUAAAGAUGGCAAAUUUCAACUUUUUAUAUGCUUAGCUACCAGAGAGCAGCUACUGCAUCACAUAUUGCGUCCAAUGAGCGAGGCUCGCUCGACUAUAGAUAUGUAUGAAGAAACCUCUUUCCUGCGAAACCCAUCGUUACUUACUUUCCUUGUACAAAUUCUCGAACCACUCAGUGGUUUUCAUAUAGUACUUGAAAAAAGUUUAACACAUGGAAUCUCAAGUUUAUUCUAAUGUUUUACACUUGUAACAAAGUUUACGAACAAAUUUUGGAUUGCGAAUUCACUGUUGCAAGUAUAUGUCUCGUAUCUAAAAGUGUACAAAAUUCUCAUAUAUUUUCAUGAUAGAAGACCUGAAUACAUACUCAUAAAGUGAUCAAAGGAUUGUAUAGACAUAGAGUAAAAAAUUGAUGUUGAUAGGACUUGUUGGAAAGAAAAAGUUAGCUCCCAAAAUAUAAAAAGGCAAAUAAGCUAUGUCAAAAAUUAUCUUGCCAAUAUAAUGAUGGUUGAAAUUCCAUUAAUAAGAAAUCAAUUUAACGUGACUAUCUACCAAAGAUGCGAAAAAUGACUUUUUUUCUAUUUAGCAUAAGAUUGCUAGCAUUUGUAUUAGUUAUUGUUAGUGAUCAUGCAAAGAUAAUGGGUUACUAUUGUUAAAAAUAACAUGACGAGAAAUUUACGUAAUGCAAAACUUGUAUUUCAAAUGAUUGUACAUAUUAGGUAGACAAAUCAUUAAUAAACUUGCCGUUACAUAAUAUUGCGCCUUAUUCGUUUAGUUGACUCUUCAAAUUUUAAGUUAGAUGAUUUAUUCGCAUUUGGUUCCUAGGUAAUUGUUAAUGGUUAGCUCAUAACUUAGAUAAAAAUGUCUAAAAUUAGAAAUUCAACGCUUCUUUUUCAACUAUGCUGUGAAAUUAUAAGGAUUGCAAUGAAAUGAUCGUGUUAGCAUCGGUUAUUACUAUUAAUAAAAGUUACCUUUAACCUGACAAAGAGUAGAUAAAAAUCGAUGAACAUUUAAUUAAAGGUACAUUUUAAAAUUUUAACUUUGUACAUAAAUUUUCGUCCAAAUGUAAAGUGUCACGUAAAAUUCGUUUUAAUGUUGUAAAAUAAAAUACGUGUGCGUGCGUUUUUUAUCCUAUUUAUUAAUUAUUACGGACCAAACGUCGCAUAUUACGUGUCACAAAUUCCAAGUGAAACUUCAUAAAUUGACGUGAAAGUUUCUGAACUCUAUUGCUAAAUACUUUUUAUAAAAUGCUGAUUGAAAUUUUAGCACUUGUUUAUUCCACUAAUGAAUUUGAGAACUAUGUAAAGUUUUAGAGUUUAGGAGAUUUUUCAUUUCUUUAGUCGACCACCACGAAAUCCAACUCCCAGGUUCUUAAGUGCCAAAAGAUUUUUUAAAAGUGUUCACUGUCUCAAUUUUUUAUUGAUUCUCAAAUAUAUGUACUUUACAUAUGUGAGUUUUUAGCCGUAAGUCAAUUCACACACUUAUAUUUUAAUUUUCAAUAUCAUGUCGAUGCAUUUUGUGUGUUUAUUUUAUUCAACUUUAUGAUUUGUGAAAAUAUUUACCAAUAACCUUACUUCAUCACGUGAAUGUUAUUAUGUGUAUUUCAUUUAAUUACUGUGAUUUUUAAGAAAUUUCAAAAAUAUUAAAACCAAAGCAGGAUAAUGACUUCGUACACUCACGCUUUGCGAAGAAAAAUAGAAAUGUAUGUACAUAAACUGCGUACGUUGAGUUUUAAUCUGAAGUGAUGAUUUCACUUUUACGAAAAAAAAAACAUAAUAUGACGAUAAGACGUAGGUGUGUAUAUAUAAAUGAUGAAAAACAAGUGCUGGUUGUACAGUAGUCUAAAGAAUAUUAUGUAACUGAAAAUAAAAGAAUAAGUAAAACCUGUCUUAUUUCUAAAGAAUUUUAUUCAAUAACCCUCUGAUUAUAAUAUUAAUGAUGGCUAUUACGAAAGCAAAUAAAGCAUGUAUGAUUGUAGGUAUUAAAUAGAGAAUAUAAUGAUUUUGUAUAAAAUUAUACCAAUACUUUAUUAUUUUUUUAAAAGACAGUAUAUCUUGCACAGGUGCUCGAAUAUAUACACUUUUUAAGUGGAAUUUACAGCUUAUACUGAAGAAAUUAUAUCUAUCGAUAAAAUAUAAAAAAUUCAUUUUCAAUGACUGUUUUUUGCACGUGACAAUACUUCGAAAUUUAUAUAACGCAAUAUAAAGAGCAGUCCAGGAAAUAUCGAUUUUUACUUAUUGGAUAUACUGACAUGUUUUUUAUGUGAAGAGAAAAAAAAAUGAAGCAUAUUCGUAAAUAUUUAAGGUAUAUAAGAGGUAUUUUUUAUGCGGUAUAUUUACUGUAACUGUAAGGCAGUGAAGUGAUUCAUUUUAAAGUUGCUUUUUAAUAUUCCUUAAUGCAACAGCGUUAUUUUCGUUUGAACUAAAUCACAAAUGCAUGAAAAAAUAAGGUUGAAAGCUACAGUGAAAAACCGUACUUUUGAUAAAUAUUCAUUUAAUUAUGUUCAAUAAAAAAAUGUAAACACGUAAUAGUUAUCGUAAAAACAUAUCAAACAUUUUUUUCGUGCAUUCGAGAAAAAGUAAAUUAUUUUUUACCAUACAUUUACAAAAAAUCACAAAAUUACAAAAUAUAAAUUAAACGUUUAGUCGGCAAAAGAAGAAUCGACGUUGCAUAUAAUUGCUGCAUUUGUCGUUACACGCAUUAACAGUCUCAAAACGCUUCGAUCUUCGUUUCAUCACUUUUUCCCGUGUAAUCUCUUCCUAGCGACUCUUUGAAAAAAUGUUUUAAUCUAGAGCCGCCGCAUAAAAAGUGUUAUUCCUACUAAAUAGGACUUUAUUACCUGUUCGUGUCAAAACAGCAGCUUCGCAAAUGCAAGAGGGCUUUCAAGCAUUCAAACGGUGACUCGAACAUAUACUUUUCAAGCAUAUUUUACGCAGCAAAUCUCGCCUUUUUAUUUUUAAAACAUUAGCACAGUCAAACUUAUGCUUAAGAGUGCUCCACACUUAUGCUAGAAGUUCGAAUUUUUAGCAGCGCCCCCACGUUACGUCUGAAUAACCAUUAAUAAUUUAAACAAACUUAAAGGUUGAAAAGUGGGUAUUAGUGAGUUUCAGCAAGUGUAGUGUGUAUCAAGGAAUAUUACAAAAUUAAGUUUAUUAAGUAAAAGUUUAAAUUCACAUUUUAUUCCGUCGGACAAAUUUUAAGAAGCAGUGGCCAUUUUGCUAACUACAAUUUGACUUUUUCUGACGAAAUAAGCCGUUAUUAUUUAAUUUUAAUUGCUUAAUUUUUUUUUCAAACAUUCCUUAAUACUUAUUGCACGUGCUGAAACUCGAUUUAUGAUGAUAAGUUAGUCAAUUAAUUAUAAUAAACAAAAAACGUUUUCUUCGCUAGGUGGCGGGUCACUCAAGGUGUGGAGCACUCUUAAGGUAAUUUCAACAAGUAUGUACAACAUGCUUUUGAAAUAGCAGCACGCAGAAUUAUUAAGGUUUCCACUUGCCUACGAGAACCACUGCAAUAACAUAUGUGCGUGAUCGAUCUAUACAAUUGGUUUUCCUAACUCUACUUCGUCUUGUAGAAAGAAGAAUAAUGACGAAGAUUCGGAUUGAUUGAUCGCGCUUAUCCCUUUUCAUUAUUUUUACAAUAUUGUACUACAAUUUGGCUAUGAUAGUAUGCGUGGAAAGUAACUAGUUCUUUCGCUGACACUUGGCACUUUCAUACACAACGGAGAGACUUUAAAAAAUAAUAAUAAUAAUUAAGACUUGUUUUGCAUCCGUGAAUAUUUGUUCACCCAGAUACCACCAGACUACUAAAUAAUUGCUUGACAGACUGCGAGAAAAAGUUUUAAAUGAUUAAAAAAAAAGUUAUUCUUGAGAAUAAAUCAAAUGGUCAAAUUGAGUAUCCCCGACAAAGCGACUUUUCACUUUGAGCUUUGCUUUAUAGUUAGCAUCUUUGGAGUAAAAAUUGAAUAAAUUGCACGAGGAAUCAACCAUUGUUUUUAACUGCUCACUGUCUCUCCGUUUAUUUUCCAUCAGUUAACAUCAUUUCUAUUUGUCUACUUUCUUGCACUAGCUUUUCUUUAAGUACUAACCAGUUCUUUAAACACUGAUGCGCUUCCAUUCAUUUGCUCAGUUCGACUUAUUAAAAAUAUACAGCGUCGAUUUUUUUUCAUUCUCGGUUUCGCUAUCUACAAAAAAUACGAAUACCUUAAACUUAACUAACUUAUGAACUUACGCGUUCUAUGAAUAUUUAUGUACAGCGCUUGAUAAAAAACAUUCAAUCUCUUUUGCUUUCCUUAAACUUUUCACUCGAUUUCACAUAAUAUAUAUUAUAAAAAAACUAAACAUGUUUUUUAAAUUAUGUAUAGAAAUGUGAAACAUCACAUAUUUAUUUUGAAAACGACAAAAAAAUCUCGAUUUUGCGUGAUUAAAAAAGUUGUAAACAGUGUAUAAAACAGAUCAGUAAUGCGAUUUAUCAAACCUCAACUCGGCAUCAUGCACUUGAGCAAGUCAUUAGGAUCGAUGAAAAAUUUUAUCCACUACAUGCAGAACAUUUUUCUAGGAAAGAGUUAAGAAAUUUGAACUAAAAACAAUACGUAAAUACAAUACAAAAGAAAUGCAUUACUUGUGUCUUAAACACAUUCACAAACUUUCCUUACAUCUCUAUAACUGACCUUUUUUUUUAAAUUAAAUAAUUAUUUUUUUUGUAACAUCGUAAAUCUUUUGUUUUUUUUCAACAUACACACGAUCUACACAUUUUUUUCAUAACGCUCCUUCCACAUUCGCUCUUAUACGUUUUAGGAACCGAGUAGAAAUAAGCGUGGUUACUCUUCUACAUUCGCAAUUGUCUUUCUUUUACAAUUCUUUUUUUAGUCUUUCCGUAAUUGAAAACAUUCGCAUAUGCACUUAAUGAACAUUAUCGUAAAAAAUUCCGCGCUCUCACAGAGCGAAAGAACAAUUCUCGCUGGUUCAGUCGCGCCAUAAUAUUUUCCAACAUUCGCUUAUUUAUUCGUAGUAACGUGUAAUAGUAUUAAUAAUUAAUAAAAAUAAUAUUACUUGUAGUAAAGAUAAUAGCAAUAACGUAAUAUAUACAAACGCUAAAUGACUCGAUAUGACUAUUUGCAUUUUUUCGUUUUUAUGUGCAAUCUUGUGUUCGCAUUUUUUCCUCUAUCAAUUCCAAAGAAUAGCGGUUAUACAUCGACGUCGUUAACGGCUUCUUUGCUCGUUUGUUUAUUAUUUUUUUUUUACGACAGUUAAAAAACAAUUAAGUGUACCCUUAAAUAAUGCGUAAAGCGUAUUGCAUUGCCUUCCCCCAGCACGCCUCCUAACAACAGUUCAUUUUUCGCUUGCACAUUAUUGUCGCUUAUUUUAUUUUUUCGCUUUUUCGUGUUUUUUUUUGUUUAUUCUUAUGUUUUCGAAAAAGGAUACAUCGAGGCGAUGUUUUCCUCCUUUUUCGUUUACCCUCUCCUCGUAAUACUUAUUACAUGCUCGAUCAAAAGAACUAAAAAAUGCGAUCUCAUAAAACUCGACUGAAACAU